CACAGAUUUAAAAAAUUAAUGAAUACCUACUAAUUUUAUUCACGCCUGUACCCCACCAUAACUAGCCAUCAGAGUAACACUUUAUAUAACUAGCACACGACAAAGGCCAGUCACUCGCCGCAAGCAGCGUAAGGAGGUUGAAAUCUAGUAGCAUAUUUAAAAAAAGAACGCCUUGUCUUUGUAAAAAAGAUGACGCGAAUAUUGAAAUGUGAAAUUGUUUUGUUAAUAGCAGUCAGCACUAUGGUCAAUUUUAGGGUGUUAGCGAGAACCAUGUCGUCGAUUGCAAAGAGUUUUGAAUCAAACUUGGUGGUGCCUGAUGUCGUGCCCAGACCCCCAGCAGCGGUAGUGUCUGUGAAAUACCCAAGCGGAGUAGAAGUGAGCGAAGGCAACGUGCUGACUCCGACCCAGGUGAAGGACGUCCCCACGGUCUCCUGGGAUGCCGCUCCUGACCAGCUGUACACCCUCGCUAUGACUGACCCCGACGCGCCUUCCCGGCAGGAGCCCAAAUUCCGUGAAUGGCACCACUGGUUGGUAGGCAACAUUCCCGGCAACAACGUGGCUGCGGGCGAGACCCUGUCCCAGUACGUCGGCUCCGGCCCCCCACAGGGCACCGGCCUCCACCGAUACGUAUUCCUUGUCUACAAACAGCCUUGCAAACUGGACUUCGACGAGCCCAGGCUUCCUAACACGUCAGGUGAGAAUCGUGGUAAGUUCUCGAUCGCUAACUUCGCCAAGAAGUACAACUUGGGCGAUCCCGUCGCGGGCAACUUCUACCAGGCUGAGUACGACGACUAUGUGCCCCUCCUGUACAGGCAACUUGGCGCAUAA